AAUUCUGGAAAGCUGUUGAUGCAGCACUUUUUGCCAUAUGGAAAGUAACACAGCAAUUGUUCGACCAAUGAGAAUACUCGACUAGUCGACCAGGAGACUACAGCCCUAGAAAAAAGGAAAAACGGGGCAUUUUUAAACGAGUUGAGAGGCAAGCUUUCAGCGACACAAACACAGGAACAUCUCCCACACCGGCUCUAUCCGCUGGAGUCCCUUGAAGGUUUGAAGAGAUGUCGUCCGUGUGGCAGCAGGAGCCGUCGGGUUAUUCCCCCUGUGUAGAGAUUGACUCCAGCUCUGUGAGGUGCAAAGACAGGCUCACCUCUCCGGUCUGGCUGAAGCAGGAACAAGACGACCUUCGGAUCAUCAAGUGGGAGAACUUUCAAACGGGCACCUCAGCUGAUGCUGUUCAGGACAACACACCCAGCAGUGCCAUGUCUGCUGGCUCACAUGCUGAAAGCCUGCCCCCGCGGGUGCUGCUGACCAUCACCAAGCUGCAGUGCAUGCUGGAAAGCAAACAGGAGCGCAUUGCUGCACUGGAGAGGCAGGUGGAGGACCUGAUGCAAGACCGCAAGUUCCUGAGGAGCCAAAUUGAAAACCUCACAAGCAACCGCUCCAUGCCAACUUUUGCAUCACCCAGUCCACUUGCUGAAGCUCCUAAACCCAGCAAAGUGCAGCACUCAGAAAACAAGUCUCGGAAGAGAGAGAGAGCUUCUUCGUGUUCCUCUGACAGCAGCGAGAGCGGCUCAGAAGCGUCAGACUCAUCUGAAGUUUCAGCGGCCUCGAGUGAACACAGAAGGAAGAAACACCAUAAGGACAAGAAAAGAUCAAAGAAAGGGAAGGACUACAGCAGGAAGAGAGCAACCGGUGUCCAGUAUGUUAUCCAUCGCUACAAACAAGUCCUGUCAGCCUUCAUCAAGAAGAAGAGCAUGAGUGAAGCGUUCCGCCAUCUUGGAAUCGACCGGAACACCAUUGCCAACACGGCAUCGAUCGCCGAGCUCCACAUGGCUGGCAAAGACAUGGUCCCCCUGGUGGGCAUGUUUCGCCAAGGAGAAGAGACUCUGGUCAGCUACGCGCACAGGUGCACCCUGGUCAUUGACAGCGACGCCGACCUGUCCAGGAAAAUAGACCAAAUGAAAGCUAACGGCGAGCUUCUGCCCAUCUCAGGGAAAAGGCCGAGGGUGUUGCAUUCUCACCUGCAGCAGCUUGGGGGCACUGCAGAGAGCAUUUUAAUAGGUUGAUUAUUAUUUCAUUGCAUGGAGGAGGAGGUGAAACAUAAUGCCUUCACAAAAUUCUGUUUGUUUUUCCACCAAUCUGAACUGCUGGAUUUAAAUGUUUUAUGUAGCAUUUUUACAUUUUCUUAAAAGUUGAUUCUCAAGGGGAACAAAAAUCAAAUUAUUUUUAGUACAUGAACACAUUAAGGAUGUAUAUUUUGUACUUAACAGCCAUGAAAAUAAUUUACAGCUGCUGUGACUAAUGUUUUUUUUUAUUAUUAUUAUUACCUAAGGGGAGACACGCCAGGUGAAUAGGGUACAUUUCUUUAAUUGAUAUCACCAUGUAACUUCCCCAGUUGAUGACUUACAGUAUGGUAAGACAAUUACUUAAAGCCGCUACAAGGAACUUUAACUGGAUAUGCAAAAGUCUCUCGUUUCUGCUGAUGUCUGUGCGUGACCUACAACAGCAAAUGAGACCAUCGGUGUGAAGAUAAGCUAUUUCUAUAUAGUGUAUAUCCAUACCUUUAGGAAACUGUGUCUGGGUCCGCACCAGGUCGCUUCCAGGACGAAAUGAUUUACGGCACUCAGAUGGCACGCGUCAUCUUACCUAGCUGCUUACAUUUAUAAAUAGUCGCUAUUCCUCCUUCUCGACCCGACGUCCGUGGGUAGUUAAAAUAGCAGCAAUCAUCGGGUAAAAGUUCUGUGAAAGCACUGGACUCACCAACAGUCAGCCACGUCUCAGUCACACAGAGAAAAUCCAAUCCUCGGGAAGUCAGGAAAUCCUUCAGGAUAAACGUUUUGUUCACUAGCGAUCUAGCAUUUACCAGCCCAAUCCUGGCAGGAGCCGGCGGGUCCACAGCGUUAGCUGUCUGGGGAGCCACACACAGAGGCCGCAGGUUGCGCAGAUUCACCCCGUGCCAGUGGGGACGAGGAGAGCAGGGGACACGGGGCUGGAACACCUCAUCCGGGCCGAUGACAGGUACCAGCCAGGCGUCGACAGGGUCCAGCGAGUGCCGAGAAAUAAAGAGACGAGGCACUGCUCCAUACUCAGUCCAAGAAGCUGUGGAAGUGCUCGCCAAACGAUCGCUACGUUUACCCCGGCGGCAGUGGCGCUUACGCUGGAGAGGUGGAGCUGGGGCGCAGCAGAGGUGAGCUGGGAUCCCCGAUAGGAGCGAGGGCAAAGUUUUCCCGUCUUGUUGUUUCAUUCAUCCUCCAAACAAACACAUGCGCAAGCCAGGUAAGAAAAUAUAAUCAGCAGCCAGAAAAAAAAUAAAUUUUUGCCAUUCUUAGAAGUAAAAUGUUCUAUAAAUCAAGCUAUGAAUGAUAUAUAAACUAUUCUAUAGGAAUAAUCCAACUGUGUAACUUAGUUUCAUCUUUAUCCCCACAUGAUGUUUGACACAUCACUUGACUUAAGGAAGCAUAC